UUUAAAUUUAUAAUUCCCCUCGAAAAUGAUUGAUGUUGAUAACAGCCAAAAGAAUGACCUUAACAGAGAGAAGGCCAAAAAUCCCUUCUUAAGGAAGUCAGCCUCGAGGAAGCCUUACGAGGUCUUAGAAAACAAUCAGUUUUUGUUCUUUUAGCUAUGAACGACAGAAGAAAUUUUAAGAAGGAAAGACUAGCCGGGCUUCAGAAUGAAUCUAUUAAGGAUUUCAGCCAAUUAAUCACCAAUGAGACCAGUGAUAUCAAGAGAAGAGAUAUUGCUGACUACCAGUUUUAUAGCCAUACUCCUAGAGGUGGGAGCGCUGUCCGGGCUGGGUCUAAAAAUAAGCCUAAGAAGUGACCUAAUGUGCGCCAGAGUAAGAAAUUUUUCCCAAGCGACUUCUUCCAAGCCUCGCCUAAGAAAUCUUCCAGAGGAAAUAGUGCUGUGACUCGGAGCGAAGUUAGGAAGAACUAUCAGUAUCUUAACAAGAGUAACCAGGAUAUUGAUUUCUACAAGAAUCUGGAACAAAGAGAUCACCCAUUUAAGAGAUCCAUUCCUGAAAGUGGAAUCAGGUGAAGAAGUCUCUCUAAAAACAAGGUGAGGCCUCAGUCUUAUAAGAUGAAGAGGACUAAUCUGAAUAAUAAUGAUGGCCUUGACUCCAGUUUUAUCAGUAACAUUUCAGCGAUCAAUCCUUGUGAAGUAAAUGAUACGUUUAUAUCAAAGAAGAUCCCUUCUUUAAAGCCAAUCGGGCUUUAUGCUAAGAAAGUAAGGAAAGCCCAUUCUAAGGUCUGAUGAAAGACUAAGAGAACAACAUCAAGGAUAAAGUUGAAACUGAAGCAUCGCCAGAAGGUUGCAAAACUUACGAGUUUCGGUCCAUUCAAAAACCGACGAAAGAGUUCUAAAGGACAGCAACCAGUUUCACGAUGUGGAAGGCUGAACCAGAGAAUCCAAACAAUGAAGCAGUCACGCGGGAUGAAGGAGAACAAAUCUGACUUUUGUAAAAUGAAUAAGCCUUUUGAUAUCGAAAAUAUUAACCCUAACAAUGUCAAAAAUGAGUUCUUUCAACAAAAGUUCAAGAUAAGAAGCUCGAAUGAAGACAUUGGCAAAUCUUUACAAAUCAUGAGCCUUUGUAAAGACCAAGGAGGGGUACGAAACUCCUUUGUAGGGAAUGGGCGAUCUAGUCUCAAUGGCCCGCCUAAGAUAGAAUGUCCUAUUGACAAAAAUAACCAAAGUGGAAUCCAACCCCCUCCUAAUAUUUGAAGGAAGAACCUAAGUAAUAGGAAAAUACCUGAGUUUACACUAGGGAAUAUGAACUUUCCUUCUAGUAAGCCAAAACCUAUCAAGAUAAAGCAGGAUUAUUCAAAUUUCAACACAAUUACGCCAAAGUCAACUUCUGGAGGUCCUAAGAGAACUGGGAAGGUAACAAGAUUGUUCUACACGAUUGAGAAUUCCUUUGAAGAUGAACCCAGCUCAGAGCAUCAACAGACACCUCAAGUUGAGAUGUCCUUGGAGGAUACUCCAAAUUUCAAGAAAUAGCCUCUAAAUAUAAGUUAA